UCGGUUACUCUCUGGGAGGGAGGUGUGGGUCUGGUGCCCGAGGGGCUCGUGCGUUCUUCGCCCGCGGGCUUCUGAUUGUCUUUUGCUGCGGCUGCUCUUCUUGUCUGUCUUUUUGCCUGAGAGCCCCGAGCUGCAGGGGCCAGAGUGAGCGCGCCUCCCGCAGACGCUGCUGACCAGAACAGAAACGGCCCGUGCGAUAUAUAUAAAUCUUGGUAGACAGCGUGGCUGCAGGCCGUUGAGCUCGAAUUCCCUGUGGCUUUCUGAGCCAAGAGCAUUUGCUUGGAGCGUGGAGUCCAGCCUGCAAGCUGCAUCAUGCCAGCUUUGUCAACAGGCUCCGGCAGUGACACAGGUCUGUAUGAGCUGUUGGCUGCUCUGCCAGCCCAGCUGCAGCCACACGUGGAUAGCCAGGAAGACCUAACCUUCCUCUGGGAUGUGUUUGCUGAAAAAAGCCUGCAUUCACUGGUAAAGAUUCAUGAAAAACUACACUACUAUGAGAAGCAGAACCCUGUGCCUAUCCUUCACGGCGCAGCCGCCCUGGCUGACGAUCUGGCUGAAGAGCUUCAGAACAAGCCAUUAAAUAGUGAGAUCAGAGAGCUGUUGAAACUACUGUCAAAACCCAAUGUGAAGGCUUUACUCUCUGUACACGAUACUGUGGCUCAGAAGAAUUAUGAUCCAGUAUUGCCUCCUAUGCCUGAUGAUAUUGAUGACGAGGAAGAUUCAGUAAAAAUCAUACGCCUGGUCAAAAAUAAAGAACCACUGGGAGCCACCAUUAAGAAAGAUGAGCAGACUGGGGCCAUUGUGGUGGCUAGAAUCAUGAGAGGAGGGGCUGCAGACAGAAGCGGUUUGAUUCAUGUUGGUGAUGAACUUAGGGAAGUGAAUGGGAUACCAGUGGAAGAUAAAAAGCCUGAGGAAAUAAUUCAGAUUUUGGCUCAGUCUCAGGGAGCAAUUACAUUUAAGAUCAUACCCAGUAUCAAAGAGGAGACACCAUCUAAAGAAGGCAAGAUGUUUAUCAAAGCCCUCUUUGACUAUGACCCUAAUGAGGAUAAAGCAAUUCCCUGUAAGGAAGCUGGGCUUUCUUUCAAAAAGGGAGACAUUCUCCAGAUUAUGAGCCAAGAUGAUGCAACCUGGUGGCAGGCGAAGCAUGAAGGUGACGCCAAUCCCAGGGCAGGCUUGAUUCCUUCAAAGCACUUCCAGGAAAGGAGACUGGCUCUGAGACGACCAGAAAUAACAGUUCAGCCUCUGAAACUUUCCAACAGGAAAUCAUCUGGUUUUAGAAGAAGUUUUCGUCUUAGUAGAAAAGAUAAGAAAACAAACAAAUCCAUGUAUGAGUGCAAGAAGAGUGACCAAUAUGACACAGCUGACGUACCCACAUACGAGGAGGUGACCCCCUAUCGGCGACAAACGAAUGAGAAGUAUAGACUUGUUGUCUUGGUUGGUCCUGUAGGUGUAGGUUUGAAUGAACUGAAACGAAAGCUGCUGAUGAGUGACACGCAGCACUAUGGUGUGACAGUGCCCCACACUACUAGAGCAAGAAGAAGCCAGGAGAUAGAUGGCGUUGAAUAUAUUUUCAUUUCCAAGCAUUUGUUUGAGACAGAUGUACAAAAUAACAAGUUUAUUGAAUAUGGCGAAUAUAAAAACAACUACUAUGGCACAAGUAUAGACUCAGUUCGGUCUGUCCUAGCUAAAAACAAAGUUUGUUUGUUGGAUGUUCAACCUCAUACAGUGAAGCAUUUAAGGACACUAGAAUUUAAGCCCUAUGUCAUAUUUAUAAAGCCUCCAUCAAUAGAGCGUUUGAGGGAGACAAGAAAAAAUGCAAAGAUUAUUUCAAGCAGAGAUGACCAGGGUGCUGCAAAGCCCUUUACGGAAGAAGACUUUCAAGAAAUGAUUAAAUCAGCACAGAUAAUGGAAAGUCAAUAUGGUCAUCUCUUUGACAAAAUUAUAGUAAAUGAUGAUCUCACCAUGGCAUUCAAAGAGCUAAAAACAACUUUUGACAAAUUAGAGACAGAGACUCAUUGGGUCCCAGUGAGCUGGUUGCAUUCAUAACUAAGAAAGUUCCAUCGUCAUCUUUUACAGUAGAGUAUAUGAUUGUAUCAGUUACCAUUUUGGUGGUAGGGUUUUUUAAAGAAAUCUGUAUCACUGUCAUAGAUGUGCAGUCUUGGUUAAAACUGAGUGUUGGUUUUGUUUGCAUCUUUUUUACAGCCCUAUUUCAAACACAGUUUUUGAGUAUAAGACCCAAAAUUGAAAUCUGCACAGUACUGUAUUCUGAGCAAAGCUUUGAACUUUAUGUAUGUCUUUAAUAUAUAGCUCUUUCUCCAGGAUAAGGUUGAACUUUUUAGACAGACAUGACUACAGAAUAAACUAAUUAGAAUUCAGUGCUUCAGCUGGUCUCGGACAUAGUCACUGCCAUCGAGUCUGCAUGUUAGCAGUUGAAAGAAUUAAUUUAGGGCCUUGGCCGGUUAGGUCAGUAGGUUAGAGCAUCAUCUCUAUGUGCCAGGGUUGCUGGUUUCAUCCGUGGACAGGGCACAUACAAAAUCAGGGCACAUACAAAGAAUCAACCAAUGAAUGAAUAAGCGGAACAGCAAAUCGACAUCUUUCUCUCCUCUCUCUUUCUCUCCCCCCCUUCAACUCUCCUGUCUCCCCCUCCUUCUCUCUCUAAAUAUCAAUGAAUACAUUUUAAAAACAUUUUUUAAAAAAUUAACAGCCUUGAGCAGCUCCAGGCAGACAGGACAGCUUUGCUGUUUCUUUAGCGGAUCAUCAUAGGCAUCUUCUUUCUAUUCUAAAAAGUGCAACCUUUUUCUUAUGUAUAUACAGUACAGGAAGUCUUCACUUACUGUCAUUGAUAGUGGGUAUUUAGUGACAUAUAAGGAAACCAAUUUUACCAUAGGCUAAUUGAUAUAAAUGGGAGUUAAAUUCUUAUGGCAUCUUAUCAACAUUAUAAUGAAACUUAUGUUGUAAUUCGAAGACCUGCUAUACAUUAUGUUCAUGGCGUGUGCAUUUAAAAAUCAUUCUUAAAGCAAUUACUGAACACCUGCCUUAGCGGCCUUCAUGUUAUAGCUUGAGAAGGACUUGUGAGGACAUAUCAGCGAUUCAACAAAUAUUUAGUAAGGGAAGACAGGCUUAAAUUUUAUUAUAUAUGUAACUAAAAAUUUUCCUUACAGCAUUAAUCUUAAGAUGUUGAUAUCAUGGGUCAAGAAAUGAUUGCAAAGGACAUUUUUAUUUGCAUAUCCUUAGAUUAUAUUCCUGGCUUUGGAUUUUCCUAAUAAAUUCUAAAAAUGUGAUUACUAUUCUAAAAGCUUUGCUUUUAGAAAAUACAGUUAAAGAAAAAUUUUCAAAUAUGCACAAUUUAUCACCACAUGUUUAAAUUCUACUGAGAUGCAUUUCAGGAAACCCUUCAUGUAUUUUUAACCUAUUUAUUUAUCAUCAAAAUAAUUCUUAACACUGUCCAGAUACCAUCCUAAUCUUGUCAUUUUUAAGAAGUUUAAGAAAGGCUCUUAUAAUGUAAAUAAUGUAAUGGGAUCUCUCAUUUUUCUUUGAUACUGCUGAUCUUCAGCAAGUAAAUUAUAUAGCUCAAAAUAGUAGAAAUGUCCAUAAGUUAUAUGAGAGUAUGUCCUGCCAUUCUUGCAUGCAGUAAGAUUCUACCAAUCAAAAAUCAUUGUAUCUGGGACUUUCAAACAGAAAAAAAAAUAUCUUUUAUUGAUUUGUGAAGCUUAGAUGUCAUGUUUAAAGAAAAACAGAAUGUAGUGGAUUUUAUAUAUUUAUGAACUCUUUGAAAGGCAUAUUUUUUUAAUUAUCAAAUGGGGCUAUUCAUAAAAUAAAUUAUAUGUAUAAAUGGCAUAACUUAAAAUAGUAUUUUAUAAGUCAGGGUCAGCAUUCCAUGUAAAUAUUUGACCUUUAUUCAUACAGAGAUAGGCACACUAGUGUGCUAAUAUAUAUGCACCUGCACGUUUGGUAGCUUAUCCACUGGAUGUUCUUCAGGCAUGUCAAAUUUCCUAUUAGAAGCAGAGACAAAAGCUACUAUAAUGACCUUGAUGCACACACCAAAAUAUUUAGGUAAUCAGACUAAAUGUUACUUACCAACAUAAUCCAAACAAUGAUUUCUGUAUUUACUAACUAAAUAGUAAGCAAUAUAGUUUUUUAAAAAGAGGGGAAGGGAUCACCAAAUCUGAUACUAAAGCAUACUUAAAAUUGUGUGGCUGGUGUAAGAAAAUACAAGUCUUACUUGGUUUGACUAUUGACAAAAAUAUCCUUAAAAGCAAGAUUUCCUAUACAGAGAGUAAUGGGAAAUGUAUAAUAAUUUAGGCAACCACAUGAAUAAUUUGGCAAUCCAAAUUCUUUGUCCCGAAAUAUCUACAUGGAUUUUUCUUAUUUGCAAAUAACUGCCUCAAAAUAAAUUUUGAUUUAUUUGGGGGGCAUGUUGGUGGUUCCUCAGUUCUUUACUCUGGGGGUAGAAAUAGUAUCAGGUGGUGGAGACUGAGUAUUUUUUUUUAAUUGAAGGUGUUACAAAGAUACAACUGUUCAGACCUUUGUCCCUUUUUAGACUAGAGCUGAAAAAUACUUAGAAAGUAAUGAAAUGGGGCAUUCUGAGAAAUCUUUUAUCAGGUAGUAUACAUGGUAUGGCAGGUGACGUUUAGAUGGCUAUUUCGAUGCUUACAAAAACAUCUGGUUACAAUUUCAUAAGGCAGGGCCAACUCCAAGGAUGGUUGAUUCUGUACCUUCUGCACCCCCAGCCUCCUCCAGCAAGGAUCCUAGUGCUGUGCGCCUGCCUCACGCUAGCUGCUCCCAAGACAGAGUGUCAGCCACUAUUUGAGAGAAGAGGAAUGUUUGCUUUUUGUUUAAGUCCAUAUAUUCAAAAUCCAAGAUGAAGAAGAAAAUUCUGUAUUCCCACAAUCAACAAAUGAAGAGUUGGUUAAAAGUAAAAAUGUGGAAUUGAAGUACAGUUGUUGUUUUUUUUGUUGUUUUACCAUUAUUUUACCUACCAAUAUUGACAUUCUUGAUUCUUUUAGGCUGACAUUCCUGGUAUUGUGUAAUGGUUGAAUGUAUCUAAAUGGUAAUAAUUUAAAACUGAUGAACAUGGAAACUUCUUAGAUUUACAAAAUUAUGUUGUCGAAAGCUUCCUAAAGAUAUAGCUUUUUACUAUUUAUUUUCCUUUUGACUAGUAAGGAUUCAUAAAUAAAUGUAAUGGAAAACCUUUGAUCUUAAUAAAGUAUCUUCAAAUUA